ACAAAGUAACCAAGUGCCGCACCAGCCGACGUCAGCCGUCAAACUGAAAAUUCCCGGUUCGAAAUGAUUUCCGCGAAAUUGCUCAGAGUGUUAGCGCCGAAAAUCGCCAGGAGGUAUUCCUCGGAAUGCGCCAAGGACGGGUUUACGGUUACGGUGAUCGGAGCGGCAGGAGGAGUCGGACAACCGCUCUCGCUCCUGCUGAAACUCAACCCUGCGAUCUCAGAACUGAGGCUACACGACUUGGUCGACGUCCCGGGGGUCACGGCGGACUUAUCCCACGUGGAGACCAGUUGCAAAAUGGUAUUCUUUACCGGCACGGACCAUUCGGAAGCGAUAUGCGGGGCGGACGUGGUGGUGGUACCCGCGGGGGUACCCAGGAAGCCGGGCAUGUCCAGAUCCGACUUAUUCACGACCAACGCCCAGGUAGUUUACGAUUUCGCCGUCGUGAUGGCCAAAACCAAUCCGGGGGCCAUCGCCAUCAUCAUCACCAACCCGGUGAACUCUGUGGUGCCGGUCGUAUGCGAAGUGCUACAAAAAGCUGGCAAACUAGAUCCGAGGAAGAUCCUCGGCUGUUCGACCUUGGAUUCCGUACGCGCCAACGUGUUCCUCGGCGAAGCUACCAACACUGACCCCAAAAACGCUUACGUGCCUGUCGUGGGAGGACAUUCAGGUCCCACCAUCAUCCCCCUGUGGUCGAGAAGCAAUCCAAAGCUGUGCCUCACGAAUAAAAAACUAGCUAGUUUGACGAAGAGAGUCCAAGAGGCCGGAACACAAGUAGUCAAGGCGAAAGAGGGGAAAGGUUCGGCAACGUUGUCGACUGCGUACGCAGCAUCCCGGUUGACGUAUUGCGUGUUGCGCGCCAUGAAGGGAGAGACGAACAUAGUGGAGAGUUGCUACGUGGCUAGCGACAUUUAUCCGGGGUUGAAAUAUUUGGCGACGCCGCUGCUGUUGGGGAAAAACGGCGUGGAGAAAAAUCUAGGACUCGGUACGAUAAACGACGAGGAGAAGAAACUGUUCUGCGGGGCGGUCGAGGAGCUGCAGAAAGAUAUCAAAACGGGCGAGGAGUUUGUAAAGAGCAAAAACGUGAAGUAAAUGAAUGUUUG